GCGCGCGGCUCCGCCCCCCGCGCCGAGGCUCCCGCGCGCGGCUGAGUGCGGACUGGAGUGGGAACCCGGGUCCCCGCGCUUAGAGAACACGCGAUGACCACGUGGAGCCUCCGGCGGAGGCCGGGCCGCACGCUGGGACUCCUGCUGCUGGUCGCCUUGGGCUUCCUGGUGCUCCGCAGGCUGGACUGGAGCACCCUGGUCCCUCUGCGGCUCCGCCAUCGACAGCUGGGGCUGCAGGCCAAGGGCUGGAACUUCAUGCUGGAGGAUUCCACCUUCUGGAUCUUCGGGGGCUCCAUCCACUAUUUCCGUGUGCCCAGGGAGUACUGGAGGGACCGCUUGCUGAAGAUGAAGGCCUGUGGCUUGAACACCCUCACCACCUAUGUUCCGUGGAACCUGCAUGAGCCAGAAAGAGGCAAAUUUGACUUCUCUGGGAACCUGGACCUGGAGGCCUUCGUCCUGAUGGCCGCAGAGAUCGGGCUGUGGGUGAUUCUGCGUCCAGGCCCCUACAUCUGCAGUGAGAUGGACCUCGGGGGCUUGCCCAGCUGGCUACUCCAAGACCCUGGCAUGAGGCUGAGGACAACUUACAAGGGCUUCACCGAAGCAGUGGACCUUUAUUUUGACCACCUGAUGUCCAGGGUGGUGCCACUCCAGUACAAGCGUGGGGGACCGAUCAUCGCCGUGCAGGUGGAGAAUGAAUAUGGUUCCUAUAAUAAAGACCCCGCAUACAUGCCCUACGUCAAGAAGGCACUGGAGGACCGUGGCAUUGUGGAACUGCUCCUGACUUCAGACAACAAGGAUGGGCUGAGCAAGGGGAUCGUCCAGGGAGUCUUGGCCACCAUCAACUUGCAGUCAACACACGAGCUGCAGCUACUGACCACCUUUCUCUUCAACGUCCAGGGGACUCAGCCCAAGAUGGUGAUGGAGUACUGGACGGGGUGGUUUGACUCGUGGGGAGGCCCUCACAAUAUCUUGGAUUCUUCUGAGGUUUUGAAAACCGUGUCUGCCAUUGUGGACGCCGGCUCCUCCAUCAACCUCUACAUGUUCCACGGAGGCACCAACUUUGGCUUCAUGAAUGGAGCCAUGCACUUCCAUGACUACAAGUCAGAUGUCACCAGCUAUGACUAUGACGCUGUGCUGACAGAAGCCGGCGAUUACACGGCCAAGUACAUGAAGCUUCGAGACUUCUUCGGCUCCAUCUCAGGCAUCCCUCUCCCUCCCCCACCUGACCUUCUUCCCAAGAUGCCGUAUGAGCCCGUAACGCCAGUCUUGUACCUGUCUCUGUGGGAUGCCCUCAAGUACCUGGGGGAGCCAAUCAAGUCUGAAAAGCCCAUCAACAUGGAGAACCUGCCAGUCAACGGGGGAAAUGGACAGUCCUUCGGGUACAUUCUCUAUGAGACCAGCAUCACCUCGUCUGGCAUCCUCAGUGGCCACGUGCAUGAUCGGGGGCAGGUGUUUGUGAACACAGUAUCCAUAGGAUUCUUGGACUACAAGACAACGAAGAUUGCUGUCCCCCUCAUCCAGGGUUACACCGUGCUGAGGAUCUUGGUGGAGAAUCGUGGGCGAGUCAACUAUGGGGAGAAUAUUGAUGACCAGCGCAAAGGCUUAAUUGGAAAUCUCUAUCUGAAUGAUUCACCCCUGAAAAAAUUCAGAAUCUAUAGCCUGGAUAUGAAGAAGAGCUUCUUUCAGAGGUUCGGCCUGGACAAAUGGAGUUCCCUCCCAGAAACACCCACAUUGCCUGCUUUCUUCUUGGGUAGCUUGUCCAUCAGCUCCACCCCUUGUGACACCUUUCUGAAGCUGGAGGGCUGGGAGAAGGGGGUUGUAUUCAUCAAUGGCCAGAACCUUGGACGUUACUGGAACAUCGGACCCCAGAAGACGCUUUACCUCCCAGGUCCCUGGUUGAGCAGCGGAAUCAACCAGGUCAUCGUUUUUGAGGAGACGAUGGCGGGCCCUGCAUUACAGUUCACGGAAACCCCCCACCUGGGCAGGAACCAGUACAUUAAGUGAGCGGUGGCGCCCCCUCCUGCUGGUGCCAGUGGGAGACUGCCGCCUCCUCCUGACCUGAAGCCUGGUGGCUGCUGCCCCACCCCCUCACUGCAAAAGCAUCUCCUUAAGUAGCAACCUCAGGGACUGGGGGCUACAGUCUGCCCCUGCCUCAGCUCAAAACCCUAAGCCUGCAGGGAAAGGUGGGAUGGCUCUGGGCCUGGCUUUGUUGAUGAUGCCUUUCCUCCAGCCCUGCUCUUGUGCCGAGGCUGUCGGGCUGUCUCUAGGGUGGGAGCAGCUAAUCAGAUCGCCCAGCCUUUGGCCCUCAGAAAAAGUGCUGAAACAUGCCCCUGCACCGGACGUCACAGCCCUGCGAGCAUCUGCUGGACUCAGGCGUGAUCUUUGCCGGUUCUUGGGAGGCUUGGCCACAUCCCUCAUGGCCCCAUUUUAUCCCCGAAAUCCUGGGUGUGUCACCAGUGUAGAGGGUGGGGAAGGGGUGUCUCACCUGCGCUGACUUUGUUCUUCCUUCACAACCUUCUGAGCCUUCUUUGGGAUUCUGGAAGGAACUCGGCAUGAGAAACAUGUGACUUCCCCUUUCCCUUCCCACUCGCUGCUUCCCACAGGGUGACAGGCUGGUCUGGAGAAACAGAAAUCCUCACCCUGCGUCUUCCCGAGUUAGCGAGUGUCUCUGGUAUUCAGUGAGGAGGACAUGUGAGCCCUGGCAGAAGCCAUGGCCCAUGUCUGCACAUCCAGGGAGGAGGACAGAAGGCCCAGCUCAGUGGCCCCCGCCCCCACCCCCCACGCCCGAGCAGCAGGGGCAGAGCAGCCCUCCUUCGAGGUGUGUCCACGCCCGCUUUUGAGCCUUGUUCUGGGGCCCAGCCCAACACCUGGCUUGGGCUCACUGUCCUGAGUUGCAGUAAAGCUAUAUCGUUGAAUCACACCCCCUCUGGUGAUAGUCUCUGGUCAUGCGUGCCACUCUUGCCACAGGGGAAGGCUGUCUGAGAGCUUGGUUUUCUCGGUCAGGUUCCCAUUGGGCCCCACUUGCCACCUGGGGGUCCAGAUGGGGACCGUCCCUGGGGUGGGUGGGCGAUGAUCCUGGCCUCAUAUUCCCUUCCUGACCCCGACUUCCCUUCAAAUGUCUCUGGAUUGGAAGUGCCCUGGAGAGGACAGUUCAAAUGCAAGUUCAUUCUCAUGCUGAUGGGCGGGGGUAAGAAUCUGCCAGGCAGGCAAGGGCGCUCCAUAGGAGUUAACUGCGGGGUUGAGUUUUGCUUCGCAAACUACAUCUGGCAUCUAUUGCCAAAACCAAAUUAUCUCCAGAAAGAGUCAGAAAGUCAAGUAGCACACACAUCCCCUGCACAGCGAGAGCUCUGGGAGCCCCGUGAAGGUGGGCUGGGGGAUGGUGAGCCGUGGAGCUCACUGAGGCCAGCAGGCUUGCUGCCCGUGUGUGGCUGCCCAGGGGGAGUGCAGGGGACAUUCGUGGUGUGCAGCCCAGCAGCUGAGCCAGGUCAAGGGCUUAUUAAAUGGAGCUUAUUAAAGGGAAGCUUGUGGACAGUGGCUUGGGAACAACAUGGGGCAGAGUCCCUGGUUUUGCCCAAACUCACCAGUUCUUCUGGAACUGCCUUGGAACGACAAGCAUGGGGCUAAGAUGUGAUGAGACUCGGGCUACUUGGGUGUGGCCUGAGCCACCUGCAGGGUCUUCUGCCCCGCUUUACCUGAGUGUGUGCUUCUGCAGAGCUGUGUAUGAGCUGGUUCCGUCAGGAAGUGAUGGAAUGGAAGGGAACCUUCCUGCAAAUCCUCCUGUAAGGUGGAGAAGCCCCUUGGAUCACACUUCCACGCAGACCUGAGCAGGACACACGGUGGUUUCCUAAGGUGAGGUCUUCCUACACCAGCUUCUUAUUCUCGCCCUUCUUUUCUGCCAGUUAAUUGCUCAGCUUCUCUAUCAAAGUACCUCUUGGCAGAGCUUAUUCUCCAGCGUUGACUAAAGAUGUUUCCAUUAUCUUCCACACGGUAUGGCCUCAUCUAGGUCUCUUUGGAGGAUCCCUCUUCAUAUCCAGCCUCUGAAUGCUGGGGGUCUCUGGCCCACUCCUUGGGCUGUUUCUUUCCUCUGUCCACACUCACUGCAUAGGGUCUCACCCGUGCACCUGUGGUUUGUAAACAGGUUGGACGCCCGCGCCCGCCGAUGCUGGGCUGCACCUGAGCUCCAGGUGUGUGGGGGCGCGUUUUCUUCUGCAUAUGUCUAACAGGCACCUGACACAGAGCUCCAUUUCCCCACAUUACCCCUCCUGCACGCAGCCCCGUAUCUGGAAAUGGCAGUGCUGUUCUGUGUCUCGGGCUAUUUUGGACCCGUCUCUUUAUCUCCCACAUCCAAUCCAGCAGCAGAUCCUCCUGGCUCUGCCUCCUAAACUCGGCCAGAAUUUGACUGCUUCUCUCUGCCCCAACCCCAUUCCCCAACUCAGCCCACUGCAUCUUGGCCUGGAUGAUUGCAGGAGCCACGUCUCCACCUGCCCUUGCCCUCUCUAUUUAUCCUCCGUGGAGGAGCAGGGCAGUUCUUCUUAGAGAUGGAUAGAUUAUGUUAGUCCUCCGUACUGGACCCCCUAUUGCCUUCUGGUUUCACCUGGUGCCUGGGGACUCCCUUCUCCCAUGCCCACCACAUCCCUCACUGCUGUUGCCCCCAGCAGCCCCCGCCUAGUCAGUUGAGCCCGAUGGCCUUCCUGCUGAUCUGUAAGCAGGCUGAGCAACGCUUGUUCCAACCUGGUGGAGAGUUCGUUCUUCUUGGACCCAGGGAGCUGCAUGUCAGGGUGUUGCUGCUUUGAUCAAGUGUCACUUAUCACAGAGGCCUUUGUGGCCACCCUACAGAGCACUGACCCCUCUCCACUGCUACCUCUGUCUCCCCGACUCAGCCUCAUCCUCCAUACAACAGAUUGCAUCUGAAAUAAUAUGCAUUCGUUAUUGCCUGUC